AUGUCUAACCCCGUGUCCGGCACACGGCCGCAGCGCGUAAAUCUCCACAGCCACAUCGUGAAUGAUGUCUGGCUGGUACUGAAUAGUCGUUUCGAGACCGUUGAGGUUCACGUCAAGCGACCCAUGCCCCUGGUCUGGAUCCCACCUGUAGCCUACCGCCAGUUCAUAGUCCCAGACGCGCGACCCUCCUCGUGGCACGCGAGACGUACGAAUCGCGCUACCCACAAAGGUUCCAACGCCGUCGACGGCCUCUUCCGUGGAUACGGAGCGGGAUUUAGCUGUCUCCGUUGCCUCUACAACCUUCAAUGCCCGCCGUUCAGGGCUGGCAUCGACGCGGAUUUGCUCUCUGGGAUGGAGAGCUACAUCUCUGUCAAUGGGGUGCCUGUGGUCGAGAACACAAAGCUCAUGACGAAGCUGCUACGAGUCGACGUCGGCUUCGACGGCAUGAUGGUGACGGACUACCACGAGAUCAACCACCUCGCAGAAUUCCACCGCACUACUCUCUCCACCGACGAGGCCACCAAGUUGUCUCUGGAGCGCGAAUCAAUCGAUAUGAGUAUGGUAGCGUCCGACUUAUCGUUCACCAACGGAACGAACAAGCUGAUCGCGGAAGACCCGGCUAUCAUCGCCCGAUUAAAAGAGUCUAUCUGUGUGAGCACCCAGUGCGCUUCGGGUGACUACUGCGAGCCGCAGUGGAUCUUCGGACAUGGUCUCAGCUACACGAACUUCACCUACUCCGACAUGGCCAUCAGCACCACCAACGCCACCUCAAGCUCCGAUUCUAUCAACGUGUCUGUGACAGUGACCAAUUCCGAUACUGCGGCUGGAAAGGAGACCGUGAUGCUGUUUCAGACGCAGCUGUACCGACUCAUUUCGGCUCCCGAGGUCAAACAGUUGAAGGAAUUCUCAAAGAUCAGUCUGCAUGCGGGUGUUUCACAGACGUUCGAGCUGACUGCGGCGGACUGGAGCGUCUACUACCCUCAGAUCGGUCAGGAUUUGAAGCUUGUGGCCGAGGACGCGGGUUAUGUGGUUGCGAUCAGGGUUUCCUAA